AUGUCUGAAAAUAUUAGUGAAAAUUCGGAGCAUUCAUCGAUAGUAGUGAAUCUGUGUGAAAAGUGUGGAUUUAUUCACAAUUCAGCAGAUUCUGCUUGCGCUCUCCCAACAGUUUCAAAUGAAAGCGGGGAACCAAUAUUGGAACUGAUAAAUGAACUCGAUGAAAAACUUUCUAGGCUUACUUUGGACACUUUUGAAGUAUCUGAAGAAUCUCCAAACCUUGAUUAUGACGAUGCAAAAUUCAGCGUGAAAAGAAAGGUGGAGGAAGAACGAAUUGAAUUUGCUAAAAAAGCCAAACUUGAUGCUAUGAACUGCACCUACACCUUUGAUGGCCAGGAUCAACAGAGUGAAGAUGGUACCUUAGAUGAUGGUGAAGGUGAUUUUGAUUCUUCGGGCGAUGAAGAUUACGGAGACGAUGGAGCAUCCGAUGAAAGCAGUCUGUGCAGCAGCAUGUCCAACUGCACGACUGAAUCGGAGUCCGAGGACAAAACCAACUGUUAUAUCCUACUAUGUGGCUAUCAACAUCAUUCAUGGAGCGAGUACUAUGACCUGCAUAAGACAUCUAAUAAUGGGCAAGGUAAUGCAGCUGUUCCCGAAGAUGAUGAAGUUAAGGGUCAGGGUGAAGCAAAGAAGAAGGGAGGAGAACAGGAGUUGAUUGAUGAUGAAGCCAAUAGCCAGUCGAGCUCCAGUACUGAUGAAGUGAGCGGAAAGCGCAAGAAAUCUUUACAGAAAUUGAAGGAUGCCAAGAGAUUAAAGAAACUGGAGAAAAGAAACUUACAGACAGUGGACUCAGAUGACGAUCUCGGCGAUUUAACUGAUUCAUUUUCAUCUCGGUGCUCAUCCCACGACUCUGAUGCCUGGGAAGAUGACUGGGACGAUGACUGGGAGAAUUACUGGGAUUAA